AUGGCUCUGUCCCACGUCCUCGCCGUUUUGCGUCCCAGGUGGCCGUCGCGUCGCCGGUGCCAAACGGGGUCCACGUCCCCCUCCGGCCGCUUCCGGACCCUGUGCACGAGCAGCCGCUCCGUGCACGAUGCUGAGCUCAGCCCGGCGUCGCGGCUGCAGCCUUGCAGGCGUGGGGAGGGGGGCCGGAGGGUCCCCUGCAGCGGGGUGACGGGCAGGGCCGUGCCGUGCCGUGCCUUGCAGGGGAGCAGCGCCAUGUCCCUGGGCGCGCCCAGCAGCAGCGACGCCUGUCUGAGCAUCGUGCACAGCCUGAUGUGCCACCGGCAGGGCGGGGAGAACGAGAGCUUCGCCAAGAGGGCCAUCGAAAGCCUGGUCAAGAAGCUGAAGGAGAAGAAGGACGAGCUCGAUUCGCUCAUCGCUGCCAUCACCACCAACGGCGCCCACCCCAGCAAGUGCGUCACCAUCCAGCGCACCUUGGACGGGAGGCUCCAGGUGGCCGGCAGGAAGGGCUUCCCCCACGUCAUCUACGCCCGGCUCUGGCGUUGGCCCGACCUGCACAAAAACGAAUUGAAACACUCCAAGUUUUGCCAAUUCGCCUUCGACCUCAAAUACGACAGCGUCUGCGUCAACCCUUACCACUACGAGCGCGUGGUGGCCCCGGCCAUCGGUCUGAGCAUCCCUACCGCAGUGCCCCCCGCCCGCCUGGUGAAGGAGGAGUUUGUCCAUGACUGUGUGCAGAUGGAGGCACCUCAUGGGGCCAAGCGGGCGCCGUGCCCCCCCACCGAACCCUUCCGCCCGCCGCGGCCCCCCCCACAGCUCCCCGAACCCCCCCACGUCCCUGGGAGCCUCUACCCCACGCUGCCCGUUUCACCCCCAG